UCGGCUUCUGCCGGUGGCUUCGUCGGGCGGUAAAUGAAGUUAACUUGGCCUUGUCGCACGCCAGUCUGCUUCUGACAUUCGCGCGUCGCGCUCGAUCGCCGGUUUUAUCGUCUGUGAUAUUACGUUUUUAUUGGCCAAAAAGGGCAAGAGUGCCGAAAAGCGAACCAAAGCCGCUUAGGUUCAAAAAUAAAUAUAAAUUCGAUUUUAGUCGAGCGAACUUGAGCUGGGAAUUACAAAACGCAAUGAAAACGAUAAACCACUUAAUUGGUGUGUUACUCCUAGUGGGAGCUUACCUUUCCAGCACAUCCUGGGCAGCUCCUGCCCUCCACCUUAGUGAUCUGGAGCCGGAUGAACUGGAGGCCUAUCCCACGUCGCCCAGCCAGGUGCUGCCCAUUCAACCUGUGCUGAUUUAUCCCCAGCCACGUGAGAAUCUCUACCAGGCGAGAACUCUAGGGGGUCGAAAUGACGAACAGGAUAUCAUAUUCGUGAAGCUGCUGCAGGAUAAGUCCAGUGGCUAUCGCCCCAAACAGCAGCGCCUUGUCAUGGAGAAGACGAAACCCUCUCAGAGAAAGAACAUCGGUCUGAAAGACAUUUUCUACGUGAAGGCCCUCACCAACGGACGAUUUAGCCACGAACGACUGAAGGUUUACCGAGUUCCCGAGUUCUACGCCAUCAGUGUUUUUAGCAACGGAGAUAAAUAAGGGGAGACGGCUUAACGAUAAAAAGGAGUAAUAUAAGUUAUUUUUAAGACGCUAUAAAUAAAUACCUCAGGAGUGCCGAA